AUGAACGAUGCGACGCAGCCGAUGCUCAGCAAGUCUGCACCUCACGGGCUCGGCGCGUUCUUCGGCCGGCUCGACGCAGUGGCCAUCGUCAGCGACGAAGGGCUUCUGACGCCAGAGGAUUGGCCCAGAGAGUUUUCUAGGUGCGGCAGCCGGCUUGCCGAAAUCAAGCGUAGUCGACAUGAAGUCCUGUGUGCCAUGGAGUGGAUGAAGCUUGCCCCCUAG